CGUUUUUGCACAUAAAUUAAGAAAACAAUUAAAUUUAUCCUUAAAAGACAUUGUUGCUAAUAUUCAUAAAGAAUAUCUAAUUGUUUGAGUCCAAAAAAGAUUUACCCAAAAAAACCUUUGACCAUUAAAAACUUGCUUACAUGUCUAAUACGUGUCUUAAAAGUUUUCAUAUCAAAGCUCAAAAUUCCUAAAUUUCAAGAUUCUUAACUUUUGUUUUAUUUACAAGUAAUGAUGAUACUACUUUAAAAUCCUAAUUUGUAAGAGACAAUAUAUUGUGUUUAAUUAAAUAUUUUCUUAUUGCAAAUGUUUUCUUAUUUAUAUAAGGAGUUGUUGAAGAACAUCUACAAUAAAAUCUCCUUCUAAACUCUCACUUAUUUCGUACUGAUAAACAAAAAGAGCAUCUUAAAUCUCUUGAUCGGUUUUCGAAGAUGUAUCACCAAAAUCUGAUUUCAUCGACCCCAAACCAAAAUUCUAAUCCUCACGAUUGGGAUAUUCAAAAUCCUUUAUUUUCCAUACAUCCUUCAGCUGAAAUACCCUCAAAAUAUCCCUUUAUGGGUAUCACUUCUUGCCCAAACACCAAUGUUUUUGAGGAAUUUCAAUAUAAAAUAACCAACGAUCAAAACUUUCCAACGACCUAUAACACCCCAUUCCCUGUAAUAUCUGAAGGUAUAUCAUACAAUAUGCAUGAUGUUCAAGAGAAUACUAUGUGUGGUUAUACUGCUCACAAUCAAGGGCUUAUCAUUGGUUGUCACGAGCCAGUUCUUGUUCAUGCCGUGGUUGAGUCUCAGCAAUUUAAUGUCCCACAGUCAGAGGAUAUCAAUUUAGUAUCUCAGAGUGAGAGGGUCACAGAAGAUAAGGUAAUGUUCAAAACCGAUCAUAAGAAGAAAGACAUUAUUGGCAAAGGGCAAUGGACUCCUACUGAAGACGAGUUGUUGGUGAGAAUGGUGAAAAGUAAAGGAACGAAAAACUGGACAUCAAUCGCAAAAAUGUUCCAAGGACGAGUAGGAAAACAAUGUCGAGAGAGGUGGCAUAACCAUCUUCGACCAAACAUCAAGAAAAAUGAUUGGAGUGAAGAAGAAGAUCAAAUACUUAUUGAAGUCCACAAGAUAGUUGGCAACAAAUGGACCGAAAUUGCUAAAAGACUUCCUGGACGAAGUGAAAAUAUUGUUAAAAAUCAUUGGAAUGCUACAAAACGUCGACUACACUCCGUAAGGACUAAGAGAAGUGAUGCUUUUUCCCCUCGCAACAAUGCCCUUGAAAAUUACAUAAGGUCUAUCACAAUCAACAACAAUGCCCUUAUGAACAGAGAAGUUGAUUCUAUAACUGCAAACUCGGAAAUUGAUAGUACCAGAUGUGAGAAUAUUGUUGACGAGGUGAUGAAUCUGAAUCUGCACGCUACAACGUCCGUUUAUGUUCCGGAGCAAGCAGUGUUGACAUGGGGUUAUGAUUUUACAAAAUGUUAUGAACCCAUGGAUGAUACAUGGAUGCUCAUGAAUGGUUGGAAUUAAUUUCUGGUGUAGGAGAUUGCUUUGCUAAAGAUGUUUUCUCAUUUUCUCAUUUUCAUUUUAGGUGAUAUACUCACCUUAAGUUUAAUUCUAUC